AUGGAGCGUCCUGUCAUCGAUCGCACCCUUCGUCGCGGUACUAGCAAGAUGUUCGCACAAACCUUCUACCCGUGCUCCCAGACCCGCGAAAUACGCAGCUAUGCCAACCACAUGCGGAGUGGCCAUACUCUGAAUAUAUUGAAGAUCGUUAGCGCAUGUAGCAUUACCGCAUCUCUUCGGAAGGUCACUUACGGUUCCAGAUAUAGUGUUGAUGCCUCCACCAAUCCAAGUGCUGGUGAUCUCAACACCAGGUGCCAGAAUAUCGACUCGGGGACCAUAAUUGGACCAUUCGAUGAGCGUAUCGUUGUUUGCUGUAGCGGCCACGGUACAUACAGUAGGUUCAGAUGA